AUGACGGUGGUGUAUCCGCGCAAAAUGUUGUCCCGCUUUCAUCCGUACCAUGGACAGAACAUCAUACUGUUCAACGAGAACACGGUCGCCUACCGGAAGGCAAGUUUUGGUAAUGCGCUCACCUUCAGCGAGAAACCGCUACAGCCCGGAGAGAUCUUCCUGCUGGAGAUCGAGAAAAACGAACGCGGUUGGAGCGGCCACAUGCGACUCGGACUCACUCAGCUGGACAUUAAACCUGCCUCUACGCUCCAGUAUGCGCUGCCUGAUCUGGCGAAUCUCGGUUCGAGCUGGGUGUUUCCGAUCACUCGGUCCGUCGGCAACUCGGUGCUGAAAAGCAACAUCCUUGGCAACGGGAUCAACGUGAAGACAUCGCGCGGUGUCUUUCCGCGCAGCUUGCUUAAACCCAUCACCCAGGAUGGAGCGAGCGCCGACAUUCUGCCAACCGACACCAACUCACGCAUUGGCGUCAUCUUUGUACCAAGCGAACACGAAGCGGACAAGGCCGAAAUGCACUUUAUCAUCAACGGCGAGGAUCAUGGGCCCUGCACGCAGGACAUUCCGUACACUAAGGGCGCCCUGCACGUCGUCAUAGACGUCUACGGUACGACAAAGCAGGUGAAGAUCAUUCAGCUGUACGGUAUCUCGACACUGCAGGGUGCGUGCCGAGACGCGAUACUGGCGCGGGUUAAGAAGUCAUCCAUUCCUGAGCUGCCUCUGCCGGAAAGUUUAAAAAAUUAUCUGCUGCAGUAUGGGCUGUAGAAUGCGUGAUUCAGACAGUACAAUCUUUCGUUCAGACGAAGCCUGAAGCUCACGCGGUACGAACUGCAAAUGCCCCAUGGAACCACUGAAUGAAGCCUCUCGCUUACAAUGCUUUUCUUAACGCGGCCCAUGCAGGCUAAAUAUUAUUGAUCAAUGCCGGCCGGUGUCAAUACAUUUGUAGAGUGUCGGUUUCGGUUGCAGCGAACAGUAUAGUCAGGUUGACGGUUUUAACUCCAUUUCCUGUGUCCUACCGGGUGUUAAUGAUGAUCCAUACCAUGCCGGACGAAAACCAUUCCUUGCAAUCGAAAUACAUGUGCGGGCAAGUUGGUCAGAUUUUUCAGGGCGAUUUUCAGAAGCAUGAAAAUGUACCAUCAAUAAAAUUGGUUUUUUUUAAAUAGUUAGCAAGUAUGGACCGCUUAAGGGCGUAUUGUUCCGAGCAAUAGUGCUUUUCGUUUGCCAAACUGGCUUUAAAUCCAAACCACAGUGUGGGGAGUAGCGUUAUCGUGUAGCUCGAAAAUAAGUUUUUCGCGGGUCUAUCUCAAUUAUUCUAUGCCAGUGCAUCUUUCGCCCCUGUGGUUCGCGCAUAGCUCACGAACCUGAACGAAAGAGUACACUUCCGGAACAAAAACUAGGAGCUGGAAACUGGAAAUCUUGUGAAUAGGAUUAGAGAUAGAAGAACCGUAUGAUAUAAGAUUGCAACCACAUGAAGAUGCUGCUGUUGCCGCUGCUUCUCGUUCCGUUAUUGUAUAAUAAACCAGCGGGGAAGGGAUGAGUGGACCAACAA